AUAAGUUAUCCGCAACAUUCCUACUGCUGUGCUGCUGUUCCGGUGUAUAACACUAGUAAUACGAGAGAUUUUCAAGUAGAUCCCGCAGAUGCACAUCUGACCGUUCCGCAGUUAGUCUCUAAAUACGGCUACCCUGUAGAGCAGCACCGUGUUAUCACAGAAGACGGUUACGUUCUGGAAUUGCAUCGUAUUCCUGGUGGAAAAGGCGCCAUUCCUGUAUUUCUCAUGCAUGGAUUGCUUUGUAGUUCUGCAGAUUGGGUACUUGUUGGACCGAACAAUGCCCUGGCUUAUCUUCUAGCGGACGAAGGUUAUGACGUUUGGCUUGGAAACGCCCGAGGGAAUAUCUAUUCACGUGCACAUCUGACACUAACACCAAAUAUGUUCGCGUUCUGGCAGUUUUCGUGGCAUGAGAUAGGAUUCUAUGAUUUGCCAGCUAUGAUUGACUAUAUCUUGGUCCAAAGUGGGCACCAGAAACUACACUACAUCGGCCAUUCCCAGGGAAACACAAGUUUCUACGUGAUGGCGUCCACGCGUCCAGAAUACAACGAAAAAAUCCACCUCAUGCAAGCUCUCGCUCCCGUGGCGUAUACGCAAUACAUACAGAGCCCUUUAUUGAAAAUUAUGUCAUUGUUUCAAGACACGCUAACUGUCUUGUUCGAGAUUUUUGGCAUUGAUGAGUUCCUCCCAAACAACGCAAUAUUGCACGAUAUUGCCAGCCUAUUGUGCCCGUCCAGCACUGUUAAUAACCUUUGUUUGAAUGUUCUUUUCCAGUUGGCUGGCUCCGAUCCAGAGCAAGUGGAUUUGAAACUGUUCCCAAUGAUAAUCGGACACACCCCAGCUGGAGCGGCUACCAAGCAGAUCGCGCACUAUGCACAAGGGAUUCGAUCGCACCAGUUCCGUCGCUACGAUCACGGCAAGAUCAAGAACCAGUUCAUCUAUGGAGUGUCCACUCCACCGGUGUACAAUCUGACAGAAAUCACAGCACCGGUUAUGUUCCACUAUGCGCUGAACGACUAUUUGGCCAGCCCGGCGGACGUCGAUCGUUUGUCUCCGCAGAUUCCCAAUCUUGUUGGGCGCCGACAGGUUGACCACGUAAAGUUCAAUCAUUUAGAUUUUCUUCUUGCGAAGGACGUGAAAGAACUUCUUUAUGAUGAGAUUAUUUCCAGGCUUCAAUUGUGGAAAGCGUAAAGACAGUGAAUCUCUAUUAGCUGUAAACGAUAUGUUGAUAUUUAGUAUUAUUGCGUAGAAAAAAAAAACAUGUUUUAACCUUGCCAAG